AUGUCGUUCCUGCAUCAUACUCUAAAGAAGAGCGAAUCGGCCUUGACAACCAAAGUAAAUCUCCCUUGCUGCGCCUCCCUAGCAACAUCCGUAAUCGCAUCUACAAAUACGCCAUCGAAAGCUGUUGGACACAUUAGCUAUGUCGUACGGGGAGAGACACUACCCCUCGGCGACUACUGGGGCGUUCGCCAAUCUUCCUACUUUCAACGCGUUCAUCAUUCUAACCAAUACGGCGGCUCCUACUACACCUUCCUCCUUGACCCGCGAUCUCCACAGAUAAACACACUCAGCUAUCCAGAGAUAAGUCGCCUCCCACUUGACUGCCGCCAGCUGUAUAAGGAGACUGUGCUACUGCCGUAUGACUCCAACGUAUGGUCGUUUGAAGAUGCGCACGUGUUUAGGCAAUUUGUGGAAAAGGAUCGCAAAUGGCCGGUGGCGCAGCGGAGAGCGGUGAGAACGGUUAUGACAGCUAGUGAGCUGUAUGUGAAGGAUCUAUGGAAGAAGCUGUUCUUGCGGCUGGAGAGAGUGGUCCUCCGGGGCCGGAACGGGGAGCUCACAUGUAGACCAGCUGUUGAAGAAGCAGGAUACUAGUGGGAAGGCAAAGGGUAAAGGUAAAACGACGAAGAAAGCCGGAGGAACAAAGAAGAAAAGGGAUGAGUGAGGGGGAUCGGAGGAGGGAGGGGAAUACAUUUCCGGCAAGGUGAAUGUGCAAGGAGCGGGUUGGAAGCAAAUGGAGGAGCAAAGUAUGUGCCACCUGUCCCAUAGGUG